CCCGCGCUGCUUGGGUGCUGCUGCGCUGAGGGCGCUCAGCCCCACCGUGUCCUGCGAAAGUCCGCGGGGCGCCCGGGCCGGCGGGGCUUUGUGCGAGCGGUUCCCUCCCACUCGCGGCCGGGAAAAAAAAAUGUUUAUUUCUUUGUGGGAGUUCUUCUAUGGGCACUUUUUUCGAUUUUGGAUGAAAUGGCUCUUACGACAGAUGACUGGAAAAUGUGAAUUGCAGCGAAUUUUUGAUACCUAUGUAGGUGCACAAAGGACACACAGGAUAGAAAAUUCCUUGACAUGCUCCAAGAAUAAGAUUUUACAGAAAGCAACACAUGUUGUUCAGAGUGAAGUGGACAGAUGUGUAGAAGAUAUAAUGAAGGAAAAGAAUAUUAACCCUGAGAAAGACAUCAGUUUUAAAAUCUGCAUGAAGGCAUGCUUACUGCAGAUAUCCGGUUAUAAACAGCUCUAUCUGUCUGUAGAGAAUGUGAGAAAAAGGCCGUAUGAUUCCGAUAACCUGCAACAUGAAAAGCUCCUUCUCAAGCUUUGGAAUCUUCUAAUGCCCACGAAAAAGUUGAAGGCCAGAAUCUCCAAGCAGUGGGCUGACAUUGGUUUCCAGGGUGAUGAUCCCAAAACAGACUUCAGAGGCAUGGGCCUGCUUGGAUUAAUCAAUCUUGUAUAUUUCAGUGAAAAUUAUACCAGUGAAGCUCAUCAGAUUCUUUCCCGUUCAAAUCAUCCAAAAUUAGGGUAUUCUUAUGCAAUAGUUGGAAUCAAUCUUACAGAGAUGGCUUAUAGCUUGCUGAAGAGUGACGCUUUGAAAUUUCACCUCUAUAACUUUGUUCCUGGAAUGCCAACAAUGGAACACUUUCAUCAGUUUUAUUGUUAUCUUGUCUAUGAAUUUGACAAGUUUUGGUUUGAAGAAAAACCAGAAAGCAUUAUGUAUUUCAACGUGUAUAGAGAGAAAUUUCAUGAAAAGAUUAAAGGACUCUUACUGGAUUGUAAUGUAUCACUUACUUUAAACAUAUGAAUCAUCUGUAGCAUCUUCUAUUUUUACCACAUUUUGCACACACGACAGAAUUUAUAUGUUGUAAUAGAAAUUAUCCGAUCAAUUACACUCCUUAUAUAUAAUUUCCUACAAAAAUAUUUCAGAAAUUCUAUUUAAGAAAGCUAGUGGACAAUCAGUGUAUGUUUACACUUGUUUAUACACUGUCCUCCAAAGGUACCUUAUUCUUCCAAAGAUCCUCUCUGUAGAGUCAUAUGAACUACAGUUUGGAACUUGGGACUUAGCCCAUUUAGUGUAAAAGUACAAAUCAGGUAUUUAUAGAAUUGGUUGAUUAAAAUGUGUAAAAAUCAAUUUUAAUUUUUAUAUGUUGUAGCCAUGAAGUUGGUAUCUUUUCAAAGCUCUGUUACGACUUUGUUUUUUAGUCUGGAAAUGAUUGUUUUUUAUUUUCUUUGUCUUAUUUUAUUUCUAGGUUAAUAGAAUAGUUCAUGGUUUUCUUUCUUUGCAUCUCAAUCACACAUCGUAAUGUCUCCUUAGUAGGAGCAACAAGAGCAUAUAGAAAUAUCAGAGAAGACAAAGAAUUAUAGCCUCUUUUUUGGUUUCUCUGAUAAUUUCGUGUAAUAGAUAACCAGAGAAUGACAGUAUUGAUGAUUAGCUUUUUUUUUUUAAUACCACACUUUAAAAUAUCACAGUGUUAUUUUAAAGCUUAAAGUCAUUUUCUCAUCUUCAGCAUUUGCUUUUUAUCAGUUAAAGAACCUUAGUGCUUGGUGUCAGGGCCUUUUAAUGAGGCUUCCCUAUAUGUUUAUGAAAAGAGAUGCAUUUGCUAAGAAAAUCUUGAUUGUAUUCAAAGGACAGGUGCUAGUUCAAUAAAGCUGUGUUGGAAUUUUUAACAAGAGGAAAACAAAGCUUUUUAAAUAUCUCAGUUAAACAUCAGUUGGUUCAUUUUACUUGCUGUUAAGUCUUGCUUUUCUUUGCUUUGACUCCACUGGGUUUCUAGGUAAUGAUGAGUGGACUUUGUGGGUAUCCUUUGAGUUAACAGUCUGUGGGAUUCCACAGUAGCCUGAGGAUGAUGACUGUGCAUUUUGUAUAGCUUUAUUCCCCCCAAACCUCAGGAGAGCAGCAAGUGCUGUCAAGGGUUAUAUAGUGAUGAGAUUCUAAUGGGAAUGAGUUCUUCUUUGUGUGCUUUAGACAUUUGUACUCAUAGCAAAACUAAAAGAGUUUAAAGAUAGGUUCAUCUGAUUACUUAAUUCUCCUUAAAUCCUGCAGAAACCAGCCUAUUAAACACGUAAUUUAAUCUAAAACAUCACAGUUAGCACACCUUUAAGGUGGUAUAUAUCAAGUGUUAAAGGACUGUCUUUUAUGUGACAAAGCAAGACCUGAGACUUUCAAGUAUUUGUUCAUGUCAUCGAUAAACCUCUCUCUUCAAACCUGCCAAGGAGAAGAGUGGUUAAAAAAAAUAUCCUACUGGAAAAUAAUAGAUGCAGUGUUGUUGAGCACAUAUAUUAAAAGUGCAUGCAUUAAAAUUCUUACUUUCUCAACAAGAUAAAACUUUAAAAUUGGGCUCAUUUUAUUACAAUAGUGGUAGUUUAGCUUUUCAGUAUUAUAGGAAUUUUAAAACUGUUUUUUUGUAGGAGACUUCUCAACCUUGUGAGUUAUCUUAACUUAGUUUCUUUAAAUGUUUUCUAUGUUUUAUCAUCCAGCUAGAGUUCUGUGAAAUAAGGAUCAGGUACUAACCAUUAAAGUUCAUUUUAUCCAAAUGUUUACUAUUACAUGGAAAGCAGUUUUGUUAGUCUUCUAAUUUUUGUUUAGAAAAUACUUAUCUUUUAUGUUUUAAUCUUUUAACAGAUGAGGUAUUGAACUGAUUUAAACCUUGUCAGUGUCCUUAAUAAAAGAAUGUUUCAAGUAGGGAAGAGGAAACUUUUCAAUUAAGUUUUCCCCUUCUAUGGAAAAAUAAAACUUUUUAGUAAUGUUUUUUAAAUGUCAUUAGAAAUUUUGCUCAAUAAUAUGUCUUCUAAGUCCACCUCUUUGUAUAAAUAGAUAUUGUUCUGUUUUUGCUUAAAAUAAUUAGUAACCAUUUCAAAUAGUUCUGUAGUAAAUUGGUAGUAAAAGCCACCAACAGAUUCUAAGGUUUGAUAGUCUGGAAGCCAAGUGUCACCAGUUGUAAAUUAGAAUGUAACAUGAGCCUUCUGACUUUUAUGUGAUAGUGAUGUACAUGAAAAGAAAAAUGUGGUAAUUGUGUCUGCCUUCCUACUUUUCCUUGCUUUCAACAUACGUAUGUUAGAAUUUUAGGUAGUCUAAAAAUCCAUAAACAAAAUCUUAACCUGUUUCUAUAAUAAUUAAUAAAAUACCAAAGUAGUGAUAGACUUGAAGUAGCAGGAAAAUUGUUUUAGCAUCAAAAAAGUGCAUCAGUGUUGAAAUGAAUUUUUGUAUGUGCCAGACUAAAGAGUCUACCAGUGACAAAAAUAGUCUAAGAAUAUAAUUACAGUGGCUGUAGUUCAAAUACGUUCUGAAAGACAAUCUUUAAAGAAACGAGAGAAAUCAGGGGAUAUCAGUGAACCUAGACCAACCCCUCUUUGUAUAUAAAUGUGGUGAUAGAGUUAGAUAGAAAACUCAGUGUCUUGCUAGCACCACUUACAAUUUGGAAAACAGAAUUGUUUUCUUAAAAAUGCCCUUCCUGAUUUUUUUCUAUUUUAGGAGCUACUUGGAUUUGUAUGUAUUUUUCUAUGUGAGAAUAUAUGUACUCUUCAUUUUUAUUCCAGUGUUCAUGAUUGUUUAUGUACCAUUUCUCCCCUUUGCAUUCAGUGAAACAGAACUUGGUCAAAGAUUUGCUCAAAGGAGAAGCAUUACAUGAGUGUGAAAGUGGAAUGUUCAUUUCUUGAGCAGAAAAGGCUGCAUGUUGUCUUGGCACAGAAGAGAAGUUUGACUUGGAGGGCAAUAAUGUUUAUUCUUCUUCUUGAAUUAAUGAUUGGGGACCAGCAGCUACUUUCUCAGGACAAAUAGUCCACCCAACUUCUGGGGAGGCUUAAUUUCCACUUUCAUAUUUAUGCACCUCUCCAUACAAGCAGUUUUUUUUAAUUAAGAUUAAUGGAAUUGGUAAAAAUCUGAGAGAACCCAUGAGCGAGCUUUUUUCCCCCUGGCUUCAACUUUGGAUAAGAAAAAUGUCAAAUGUAGUGCAGGUGAGACCCAGCUACUACAUCACUGUUAUAGGGCAAGUCUAUGUUUCUGCUAAACAACAGUAUUCAAAAAAUAUUUAAGCAGUAGCUUUCCCUGGGGGAAAGAGUGCUGGUUGGCAACUUAAAGAAAUAGCUUUUUGUCUACUUUGGAUAAAGCAAUUAACUUCUUAUGUAAAAGCAAUAGUUGAAAUGUGAUGUCACUUUGUUCGGAAUGUUGUGAGCAAAUAAAAACACGUUGAAAUUGU